AUGAGACAAAGAAAUGAUCAAGCAUUUAUUGAACUUCUCAACAGGGUAAGAACUGCUACACAAACAGAUAAUGACAUCAAGGUAAUCCAAUCAAGAUCAAUAUCCCCAGAUGAUCCUAAUUAUCCAUCAAGCGCACUCCAUAUUUGGGCAGAGAACUCACCAGUUGAUGACCACAACAAAGCAAAAUUAGAACAACUUACUGGACCAUUGUUUGUUCUCAAAGCUAAGGAUCAAUUUCCACCAAAUGUCAAGAAACAAAUAAUUAAUAGGGUUCUAGCAAGAAAACGAUCUGAAACAGGAGGGCUUAAUUAUGAAAUUCAUAUUAAGAAAGGUGCCAGGGUGAUGUUGACAACCAAUAUCAAUAUUUCUGACAGACUUAUCAAUGGACAAAUUGGGAGUGUGUUUAAAGUUGAUGUCAAUCCAACUAAUCAGAAGGCAACAGUUCUUUACAUUAAAUUUGAUGACCCUAAUGCUGGUAAAAAUCUGAUCAACACCACUAGCAAUGUAAUGGCAAGAGAACAUCAAGUUGUCCCAAUUCAACCUGUAUUGGCCAAAAUCAAAAUAAGACCAGGUAAACCAUCUUCUCCAGAAAUACAGAGAGUACAGUUCCCUGUAGCACUAGCUUGGGCAUGUACAGUACAUAAAGUACAAGGAUUAACUCUUGAUCAAGUGGUAGUGAGCACUGAGUUAGUAAAGCAGAGAUCAUUUAACUAUGGUCAAAUUUAUGUUGCCUUAAGCAGAGCAACGUCUUUACAAGGUCUUUAUAUCUUAGGAGAGAUAUAG